AGAGAGAGAGAGAGAGAGAAAAAGUGGUGUACAGUGCGAGCUGCUGCUCUUCCAUUAUUAUUCUCGGCCUCUCUCUUUCUCUCGCGCUCUCUGCUACGUACACAUCAGCAGCAGCAGCAGCAGCAGCAGUAGUUGUCUGUCUCUCCGUCUUUUUCGCACUCUUCUGUUGAUCAUCUCGCUCGCUCUCUCUCUCUCUCUCUCUCUCUCUCUCGGCGCGGUGUGUAGAUAAAUAUACAUACAUGUCGCGUGUGGGAGUAGUGCGCUAGGAGCGUUAGCACAUAGCCAGAGAGCGAAGAGCAGCAGUGGAGGAAGUGAAAAGCGACCGGGACAAGAGAGAGGAGCAGUCCGCGAAAACGAUAUGAGGAGGAAGACGAGGCAGUGCUGCUGAUCGACCGACGACAGAGAGAAGAGGAGCAACGAACUUGCAAGCAUCGUCAGCAGUCCCCAUGUGUCAGUAGUAAUCGGCGCUCCUGGAAGACAACGACGAGUGUACAUAUAGCUACGGAGAAGCAUAAUCAGCAGCUGCAGCAGCAGAAGCAAAGUGUGCCGUGCGUUGUUGAGUAGUCAUAGUAGUAGUAGUAGUAGUAGUAGUGCAAGUGCUGGUGAUCUAUGGACGGCAUCGGCGGCGGCAGCGCAGCAGCGUCUCCUUGGUAACGAGUGCGCGGGUAUGCAGGCCGUGUGUCGAAGCCGGCGGCGCAGCAGCAGCAGAAGCAGCAGCAGCUUUUCGCAGGAGCAGCAGCAGACGACGACGAAGAGGACGAGCGCUCGCAGCUAGAGCUGGAGGCUGUGGCGCUCGGGAGCAGCGCGAGCCGCGCCAGCAGCCAACGGCUACUGCCACUAGCAGCAGCAGCGUUAGCUCCGGCUAGUAGUAGCAGCAGCAUCAAAAGCAUCACCGAGGGCAGAGCGAAGAAGUGGCGGAGGAGGCGGAGGUUGCGGAGGUGGUUGUUGUUGUUGACGAGGUAGCCGGUGCAGCCCCUUACCUAGGGGGCUCUCCAGCGGGCCGCCGACACCAUGGCGUGCUGCCUGUCGGAAGAGGCCAAGGAGCAGAAGCGCAUCAACCAGGAGAUCGAGCGCCAGCUCAGGAGGGACAAACGAGAUGCCAGGCGAGAGCUCAAGCUCCUUCUGCUGGGUACUGGUGAAUCCGGCAAGUCCACAUUUAUCAAACAGAUGAGAAUCAUCCACGGAUCCGGAUACUCAGACGAGGAUAAACGGGGGUUUAUUAAGCUGGUCUACCAAAAUAUCUUCAUGGCGAUGCAGAGCAUGAUCCGAGCGAUGGAUCUGCUGAAGAUUCAGUACGCGGAGUCUUCAAAUAUAGAAAAAGCCGAGCUUGUACGGGCCAUCGACUUCGAAACGGUGACAUCAUUCGAGGAGCCCUACGUACAGGCGAUAAAGGAUCUCUGGGCCGACGCUGGAAUCCAGGAGUGCUACGACCGCAGACGAGAGUACCAGCUGACGGACUCUGCGAAGUACUACUUGAUGGAGAUAGACCGAGUUGCGGCGCCAAACUACCUCCCCACAGAACAGGACAUUCUUCGUGUAAGAGUGCCCACUACCGGUAUAAUUGAAUAUCCCUUUGACUUGGAAGAGAUCCGAUUUAGGAUGGUAGACGUCGGCGGUCAGAGAUCCGAAAGAAGAAAAUGGAUUCAUUGUUUUGAAAAUGUCACUUCCAUUAUAUUUUUAGUAGCUUUAAGUGAAUACGAUCAAAUUCUCUUUGAAUCGGAAAACGAGAAUCGAAUGGAAGAAAGUAAAGCGCUGUUCAAGACGAUCAUAACAUAUCCGUGGUUCCAGCACUCUUCCGUUAUCCUAUUCUUGAAUAAAAAAGAUCUGUUGGAGGAGAAAAUCAUGUAUUCUCAUCUGGUUGAUUAUUUCCCAGAAUACGAUGGACCUCAAAGAGACGCGACAGCGGCUCGAGAAUUCAUCCUGAGGAUGUUCGUCGACCUCAAUCCAGAUAGCGAAAAGAUUAUCUAUUCCCACUUUACGUGCGCCACAGAUACGGAAAAUAUCCGGUUUGUGUUCGCGGCAGUGAAGGACACGAUCCUGCAGUCCAAUCUGAAGGAAUACAAUUUGGUGUAAGGGGCGCGCGUGCUCUCUCCUCGAGGACAACGGCUCACAGCAACAAGAAGCAGCAGAAGCAUAAGUAAAGAAGAGAGCCAGAGCCGCAGCCAGCGAGUUGUGUGCGCGCCCAGCGUGCAGCAGCAGUUACGAUAACGACUACGACGACAAGCUGAGCUUCGCUGCGGCGAUCGAACGGCGCUGACGGAAGCCUCGUCGCGCUCUCUCUUUCUCAUUCUCUCUCUCUCUCUCUCUCUCUCUCUCUCUCUCUCUCUCUCUCUAUCUCUAUCUUUCUCUCACAUUCUCUUCCACCACGCAGACGACGUCGACGAAUGCACCAGCACGACGACGAUGAUGCGUCCCACGGAGAGCAUCAUCGUUAACAUUCUCGACGACCAUUUGACGUUGCGCCAUCGCCACUAGAGUACGCAUACACGUACAGUGUCAGAGACGGCGACAGCAUCGACGAGGACGAGAAGAGCAAAGAGACUGCAACUAUUACUGCGAGUCUACUGUGUAUGCGUGUGUGCGUGCGUGCGACUGCGAGUAUGUAUGCAGGAGAGAAAAGCAGGCGCGUUUUUAUUAACGAUUUCAAGAGGAUUACGGUUUCGUACGUCGCGUCACGGUGGAGAGUAUAUAGUGGCAGCGAUAAAAGUAAAGGAGAAGCAAGCAGCACGUUGUGAGGGCCGCGGCAAAAAUGAGAAAUUAAACAAUAUGAUGAACGAAACGCGUCGAGUAUAGCUAACAUCGCGCAGCCGCGUUCUGGCAGCCUCUCGAAGCAUCGCAUCGUCGUACGGCGCUUCUCGUCGAGGACAUUCUUAGGUAGUUUACAAGUGGAACAAAAUGAUCGACAAAGGGAGAUCACGAGAGAAAGAGGGAAAAAGAGAGUGGCGAGAUGAAAACGAGGCGCGAGGUUCCGGCAAUUCGUGACAAGUUCAGAGUUCUAGAGAUGUAGAGUAAUAGGUUCAUUCAUCAAGGAUCUAAGUCGCUGACGUCCUACGCACUCUGUACGAAGAGCGAACAUAAAUAAUACUAAUAAACAAAUUGUGAAAAAUCAAGUCGAAAAAGAGAGAGAUAAACAAAUAACCUAUGUCAUCGAUUACUCCCGUCAAAAAGCCCUUCCAAAUAAGAUGAAAAAGAUAUAAAAUAAGACAUAAGAAGCAAAGUCUCUCGUGUACCCCCCUCCGACGAACCGGCGAACCGAUUUACUUUCAUACUCCAUGCGUUGAAUUUGUUACCUUUUUAUAUAGCUUAGCUUAAUCGAUCGAGCUCGGCUGACUGCGAUGUCACUUGAUUUUUAUAUAUAUAUAUAAAAAAUAAAUAAAUCGAUAGACACUGAGUAAGGAAAGAAAAUUAAUUAAAGUAUAUAGAAAAAAAACGUGAAUUAUUAAAUAAAUGAAUACAAAAACAAACUCGCGAAGCACAGCGUAUUUAGCCACGCUGUGCCACGUCUGUCCAGUGUCAGUCUUGGGUCGAGAGAGAGAGAGAGAAAGAGAGAGAGAGAGAGAGAGAGAGAGAGAGAGAGAGAGAGAGAGAGAGAGAGAGAGAGAGAGAGUUGAGGACGAAGAGGAAAGCAUUAAUAAUUAAAUAGAGUAAAGUUAAGGAAAAACAAUUGUCUCGACGUGGAAAAGCGAGGGAGGUAUAGAUAUAAACGGAUGAUCAUCGACACGAGGAUAGAGUUGAGAUCAACAGCGGUAAAUUAAAAAAAUGUGGUGAAUUUUGGUUUUUCUAUCUUUUUCUCUUUGAAAAUACGACGAAAGAAAGAGUGAGAUAGAAAGUAUGCGUGUGUGAGUGCGAGCGAUAGAUGAUACGAAGAAAAAAAUGAAAAUAAUACAAAAAAAAAAAUCGGUACGAAAAGCUUUUUAAUCGCGAAUUAGUUGGAGACACGAGUGAGAGCAAUUCUAGUGCCAUUUACUAGUGUGGUGUUUUUAUUGCAGUCCUUUGUUAGACGCGAAGAGCCAAAGUGUUUUUUUGUGUUUUUUUUUAACUGUGCCAGAAAUGACUAAGAGUUCUUUCUGCAUGUGACUCAAAUUCACGAUUCAUCGUAUAAAUAUUGUUAUAUAUAAUAUAUAAAAGAAUAUCUAGCAUAGCGAGCGUCGAGGAACGUCGGCAAGCAAGUAAAGAAGAAGUAACGCGAGAGGGCAAAGAGGUCCAUUCAAUUUUAUGCCAUUCAUCCUUGAAUCCGCCUUUCCCUUCCCUACUUCCGCUUCUCCUUAUUCAAACUAGAAACUUGGAGAUUUCAUUGAGCGCAAUUUCGUGAUUGUUUGCCGCACAAUAAAAGCACAAAAUAUUAAUUUACAUUUCCAGUUAAGGCAUUUAAACGAUGUGAUUGGUUAGAUGUAAGAGCAUAACUGAUUUACUAUUCCAUAAUACUUAGUUAUUGCAACAAAACAUGAUUGAUUAUUCGAAAAUUGUGCUAAUGUAAUAUCUCAGUAAGUAACGAAAUAAAAUCGUCGAAAUUAUGUAAACUAUUCGGGAAGUUUUUCUAUGCUUUUGAUGAAAUCAUUCGGCUAGGGAAGGUAAAUGUAAUAAUAACGAUUGCGUAACGAUGCAAACAGUAAAUAAAGGAAAGAGAAUACAGCAACCCGUUGGAAAUAAAAAUAUCUUAACAGAGUGACGAAAAAUAAAAAUAAAUUGCGGGAACGCGGCGAGAUCGAAAGCGUCGAUGGCCGAUGAUCGUCACUUUUGAUUUCGCGGACUUAAUAUGGCGGUGUGUGCUCUCGAUGUAGUAGUGCGAGGGCUGCGAUCUCGAUCGUCCUCCGAGAGCAAAUAUCUAGUCUUCAACCCGAGGCAGAAAUUUAGAAUUGCUCUUAAAAAAUAUCGUCGCCGAAAAGGGAAUGACUGGACUGGACUAGUUGCCGAUGAGAAUGAUGGCGUUUCGUUGAUCUAUGUGCGACGGGUCGAAGGCUGUCAGGAAACUGUUUUAUCGACUUUGCGACUUGGAUUGAUUAGAUGUUUAUUCGAUAUACAUCUGGUCUCUGGGACGAUAACGACUAUUUGAUCGAUUGUUAUAUUUAAGUCAUUUUUUAAUUAAUUACUUAAGAGACAAAUUAAGUGCAAUGAAUGUUUGAUACUUCAUAAAGUGGCUGAUUAUCUUGACGUGGAGGCCAGAUGUCAUUUGAAAUUGUAAAGUUCUUUUAGUUAAGAAAUCAAAAGUAUAAUGUGUCAUAUGUUAUUGUCGUGUCGGUAAACAUCCACAUAAUUUUCAUCUUACUUCUUGCAUACGCUUUCAUCCUACAAUGACACAGGGAUAGGCUUAAAAAAAUAUAGAAAUUUUUCACAAUUUCUAAGAGUAAUAUCUGCGCUUAUCAAUUAUUUAACAGGCAUUUGAACUUGUGUCAUUUUAAUAUAUGAAAUAACAAAAACUGUAUUAGUUUGAAUAAAAAAAUUACAUAAAAAGCUUAGAUCUAAAUCUUCUUUAAUUCUUGGCGACUUUAUCACGAUAAAUGAAACUUGUGUCGAGUGAAUAUGUGGAAAAUUUUCGAGAGUCAUGCGAGUCUCUCUCUGUGUCCAAAGCCGCAGAGUUGUUUGCCCCGAAACGUUAUCAUUCUGUCGGCGGUACCAAACAAUAACAAUGGACCAACUCUUAAGACGAUUUUCUGAAUUUCUCCUCGGCUCCCGAAUGAAAGAAAAACAAAACUCCUUAUCACGUCCUCGUCACCACUAUAUACCGCAACUUCUUUCACCAUCGACCCCUUUGUAUCUCCCUCUCUCUCUCUCUCUCUCUCUCUCUCUCUCUCUUUAAACUACGCACAUAUUCCAGAAACGGAAACGAGCAGACGAGAGAUAAGAAGACAAAAAAAUCGAUUUCCACGAUUCAUCGUCUCUCUCUCUCUCUCUCUCUCUCUCUCUUUCUCUCUCUCUCUCUCUCUCUCUCUCUCUCUCUCUCUGUCCACGAUGACGAAGCAUUUACUUUUUCGACUUUUGUAUAACAAUCGAUGGGUGUGUUGUGUGUUGGUGUUCGUCGCGAAUGUAAACCUUUCCCCAUCAUCGAACCGACGACAGAUACUAUUUAGCGGUAGUAGGCCUCGCCUCGCGACGGUACGGCGGCGCGUCGAUGAAAAACGAAAAACAUAUAAACAUAACUAACGAUUAAGCAAGAAAAAAAAUCCACAUUAAACGAUACACCCUGUUCGUACUUCUUCCCUUUCCGACCAGACACCUUGUACCCUCGCCCCAUUUCCCUCCCACUACUAUAUAUAAAAGCGAUUUACCGAGGAACAUCGCGCACGACGAGACUCGCGGACAAACGAGGUCGAAGGAGCAGAGUAACUAAUUAACAAAAUGAAAAUAAAGAGUAAAAUAAGAAUAAAAUAAAGAUUUAAGAGAAAGAAAAAAGUGGAUGAAAAAAUAUAUAUAUUACAAAAAAAAAAAAAAAACGGUUUACGUUGCGUACGUAUGAUGAACCGUUCACUGCCUGCGCUCGCUCAUCGCUGGCCAGCGCAUUAUCGUCCCCCUUCCUCGAUGAAAAUGCGACGAUGUUAGGAACGAUUAAAAGUGCGAAAGUGAGAGUGAGUAAGAGAAAGAAACAAACAAAAUACUACUAUAAACCGAGAAAAUAAGAAUACCAAUUUUACCUUCUUCCUUCGAUUUUUCCUCCCUCGGUAUGAGAAAUUGAAAAAUGAACGAAAAUGCCAGUGCUGCUGAACGACUCUCGGUACUUUGAACUCGGCGACGAGUCUUUAUUCUGUCAUGCCGUUCUCUCCUUGAUUUCUGACUGUAUAUUUUAUGUUUUAUUUAAAGAGCGAGAAACCUUUGGAAAUCUGUAGAGAGAUUGGAGCAUCUCACGGCCCAAGGAUUUGAAUACACACAGCUAUAAUCGCAUGUGUAUAAGAUUUUACAUAGCACUUUUGUCCAAUCGCUCUGCAGAUUUCCGAUCGUUCGCUCGUUGAGCUUCGUGCGAAUGGGGAACAAAUUGUGUAUUGUAAAUUGUAUACUGCGUAAUCGAUUGCCAUAUAUAGCGUGUAAAUAAUAAUUUUAAUUUUCUCGGUUCGUCUAUUCGAAAGGUGUGUCGUAUGUAUACUUUGACGUAUGUAUUUCAUUUGUAAAAUCAAAAUUUCGCUCCAACAAUAUUAUAUAAGCGAGAAUGAAAGUGCGCAUCAGCGUCGCCGAUUUCGGAGCGACGAGACUCGGCGCAUCCGGCAAAAACAGACGUCCCGCUCUCAGCCCUUCCUAUGUAUUCAUACACACAUAUUAUAUACAAGAAGAGAAAUAAUAAAAAAAAAAAACGCGCGAGUGCGCCGGUGUUUUUGUCCCUUCUCGCGCUCGCGAUCUUAAUCAAAAGCAGAAAAAACAAACAAGCAAACAUAAGAGGUGUACGAGAGAGAGUAUAAUAGAGAAAAAAGUAUAUAAAUAUAAGGGGCGAUCGACAACUGCGGCAUGCUGCACCCACACUAUCAAAUUCACACAUACACACACGCUGAGACCAGCAAGGGUGAAUACAAAAACGGUGAAAAGUAUAAGGAUUGUCUAAGGCGAAUACAUGCACCCACGCGCACACACACACACACACAACAUGAGCGCGCGCGCGAAGACGAGAGGAAAAAGAUAAACAUAUAGCGACGUAGGCACGCGAGAAUAAAUAUAAACGAGAAAAAAAAUACAAACCUACCCUUGGCUCACACUCGAUGAUAAUGCUGGUAAUGAUAACUGAUUACGAUGACGUUUACGACAGCGGCGAAGAAAAAAUGAGUUUAUAUGGAAGAAUACAAAAUAUAAUAUAAAUACAUUGAAUUAAGUAUAAUAUUAAGAGAUAACAACAAAUAAUAUUGAAUAAUAAUUAUAAUACUGCUUGUUUUCAGUGCGGACGAGUGAAAGUGCUCGAGACUGACGAUCGAUGUUUUAAAGAUUAGGACACAUGAUGAGAGAAAAAUUAAAUUGUGGAAAAUAAUUAGUAAUGAGUGUACGCGAAUAUAGGGGAGAGCAAAAGCGUGGUGAAUUAAAAAAAAAAAACGACACGGCGGAACGAAGGAAAGCAAACGCUAGCGCGUCGAACGAACAUAAUGAUGAAAAUUGCGGAAGAGAAAAAGAGAGCGCGUACAUAUACAUUUGCGUGAAUCUGAGGAGAGCGCGAGAGUGAAUGUGGCCGGGUUUUAUUGUGCUAUUGCGAUUAUAUAUACCUAAUUCCGAUGUGCGACUGUGAGAACUUUUUAGCGCCAAAGCGAUCGACCAUAUAUGGCUAGAAGGAAAGUAGUGUGAGCGUCCGUCGAACUUUGCCGGCUCCCCCUGCGCCUUUGUUUGUACUUUUGUUACUUUGAAAAUUCUCUAUCCCUCUCUUCGAAUCUGAUUUUCGAUCGAGGGGCCCGGCGGAUUUCGACGAGCGCGCGAAUCUCAGAGUCCGAAAAAUUGAGGGGCACUUGUGGCCGAUGGCAGAGGAAACGACGGGGAUCGUCGGAAAGUAUCCAAAAAAAAAAAAAAAAAAAACAAACAAA